GGUCAUGAUCGGUGUUUAUUUUGAUAUUCUUCGUUACUUCUUAUAAUUUAACAGAGUAGUUCUGUCUUACAGAUAUGUCGUCUGGGGACAACAAUUCACAACAUAAAGAGAGUUUAAUGCAUGAAAUCAAUGCAUUGUUUGCUCCACCAACAAAUGAAUCAUACGGUAAAAAAGGUUCACUCGGUAUUCCUUCUUUUCGUCGUGCAAGAAAAAAUAACGAAUCAACGACGAACAGUUCGGAAACAAAUAACUCCAGUUUAGAGCACUACCAACUACCAAAUACAUCAAAAAAUGAUCCAUUUUGGAGGAAACCUCGUGCUAAUUGUCAUGAAUAUUGUGAUAGUUGUGGUUGUAUUGAAGGCGAAAGACUUGUCUGCGAUCGAUGUCCGGCCAGCUUUCACCUUGAAUGUCUUGAUCCACCUUUAGAUCCGGAUGAAGCACCUGUUGGUGUCUGGUUUUGUCAUCGAUGUUCAAUGGUAUUGAAAGAUGAAGAAGAUAAAACUUCAACAUCAAGUAGUCAGACAACUAUAGCUACAGAUACAGGUUCUUCACGUUCUGGUAAAAGUGGACAAAAACGCCAAGAUCAUGCAUCAUCAUCAUCAGUUGGAACUACAACAGCAGCAGCAGCAGUUGGACCAUCAACUUCCACUUCUACAUCUUCCAUCAAUAGUAACAAUAAUAAUAGUCAUUCUCACCAACAAAAUCCAUUACAACAAUUUAUCCAAUCACAAACUAGCAAACGUCAUUAUACAUUCCGUUCGACAUUUAACGAACAAUAUUGUUUAGAUAUGAAUAAAUUAUCGAGCAGUCGUUCUAGUACUUGGGGUGACUCAGCGUAUGUUGCUGAUAUUGAAGAAUCUGAGCUAAGAGCAUUAUGGAAAGUAAUUGAAUAUGCGAAAUAUCAAAAUCCAAAAGAAUAUGAUUUACCGAAAGACUUAUUACCUGGUGUUAAGCUUCCUGGUUCAUAUAAAACACCAACAGAACGAAAAAAUAAAAGUAUCAUCGAAUUAGAGAAUGGUCUUAUCCCACAACCUGUAAGACGUUGUUAUGUAUGUGUUCGAACAUGUUUCUAUGCUCCUUUGUUACCAUGUGAUUAUUGUUCAUCAUGCUUUCAUUUAGAAUGUUUAAAUCCACCAUUAUCUCAUUUUCCACCACGUUCUGAUCGAUGGAUGUGUCCAAAUCAUACAGAACAUACAACUGAACGUUAUUUAACUCGUUCAAUACGAUUAACUGAACGUAUGCAAAUUUGGACUAAAUUAUAUUCAUCAUUAAAUAAUGAAAAUAAUCAUUAUGAACAUUCUAUUGAUAAAACUGAUGAAAUGACAAAAAUACUUGAACAUAUACCUCCAUAUGAAUUAACUUAUACACCGGAUGAAGAAAGUUCUAUACUUUCUGAUUUAAUGCGUACUAUUCAACGUAGUAGAAAUGAACAACAACAACAACAACAGUAUCAGUUAUUGUCAUCGAAUUUAUCCAAUACAGCAAUGUCAAGUAUUUUCGAUUCUAUACUAUAUACUACUAAUAAUACUACUACUAUUGAAGAUAAACAGCAUAUAUUGUCCAAUCGUCAUAUAUGGCGUUUAAAUCGUGAAUUAGCAGCAAAGUCUAGAAAUAAUCAAAAUUAUUAUGGUAAACAGAUAAGAAUUGUGGUACCAAAAGCAGUUAAACAUUUAUACAAUAAUCCAGUGAAACGUAUCCCACGUAUUAAUGAAUCAUCAAAUGUAUAUCAAUUAACAAAUUUACUUGAUAGUUCCAGUACAAAUGAAAAGAGUAUAUUUGUUCGUGGCCUUUUACAAUUUUAUUUACAAAAUACAUUACAAUUACCUACACAAUCGUCAAAUCUAAUCCAACCAGAUAGUAGUAGUAGUACAAUGAUUACUGAUACUAGUGAUACUAUUGUCACUACUAAUGUAACACAACUGUCAAUAUCAUCAUCGUCAUCAUUUGAAACAACUCCUAUCACUGUAACAACGACAACUAUUGACAGCCAAAUCAAUGAUAAUAAUACAUCUAGUUCCCUUGUAAUAGAUAACAAGACAACUGAUACAUUGAAUCUAACUACAGAUUCCAUUGAUAUGAACACUGGCAAUAAUUCAUCAAUAUUACCAUACAAUACAGAACAGAUAUCUAAAGAUCCUUCAUUUAUUCAAGAUGACAACGAACAUUUGUGUAACUCUUUCGAACAAUUGAAUACAGCAAUUAUGAAGAAAUUCAAUAAUAUUACUGAUAAUAAUAGUAUUCCUUCUAAAUUGGCUCGUUUAGACCCUCAAUUAUUGUAUACGUUAGCAGCACAACGUAUUUAUGAUCUGUUGGGUAUUAACAGUGAAAAUUCUAUUUUUCCUAAUGAAGACAAUAUUGAACAGAAUAGUUGUAAAAGAAAGAAAGACACUUCUAAAACAUUGAAUAUUCCUGAAAGUUGUAUCCGUGCAAGAGCUGUACUAACACCUUGUGAUGGGACUAAUGGAUAUGAAACUCGAAUGCAUUAUAGGCAAUUGACUGUUGGUACAUGUAAGUUUUGUUUUUAGUUUCAUAACUUAACUGUUUAUAAGUAACAAGUUUAUUUAUUACAAAAUGUAUUUUAAACGGCAGUUACAUCAAUUUUGAAUAUACUUCCUUACUUAUGCCCGUCAAUGACCCUCAUGGAGGAGCAUAGGCCACCCACCGGCACUCUCCAUCCAACUCUGUUCUGAGCAGUCCUAUCCAGUUGUUUACACUUGCUAUUCAUCUUUAUCAUAUCUGUUUCCGAUUCCUGACGCAGUGUGUUCUUCGACUCUCCUCUUUUCCGUUUCCCUUCAGGAUUGCAGGUUAGCGCUUACCGCGUAAUGCACUUUGAUGAUUUCCGUAAUAUUUUUCCUAUCCACUUCCAACGUCUUUUCCUAGUUUUCUCUUCAGCCGGAACUUGGUUUUUUCCCUCCCUCAGUAGGCUGUUUCUGAUGGUAUCCGGCUGAUAGAUAUUGAGUAUCUUGCUUAGACAACUAUUUAUAAAUACUUGUACCUUCCUGAUGAUGGUUGUAGUAGUUCUCAAAGCUUCAGUUCUGUACAGACGGACUGUGUUGACGUUCUUAUUAAAGAUUGUGACUUUGAUAUUGGUUGAGAGUUGUUUUGAGCUGCAUAUUUUCUUCAACUAUAGGAAUGCUGUCCUUGCUUUGCCAAUCCUUGCCUUUACGUCUGCGUCAGAAGUUUCUUGUUCAUCGAUGAUGCUUCUCAGAUAUGUGAAAGAUUCCAUCUUUUUCAGAGCCUCUCCAUAAAGUAUAAUUGUGUUGGUCUUCUCCGUGUUAUAUUUGAGGAUUCUUUGUGUAUGCUGAGACCCACUGAUGCAGAGCCUGCUGCUGCACUGUUUGUUUUGACUUAAAUUUGUUCGUAAUAUACUUCCUGGAGUAUAGUAAUCGGUUUUGAAAGUCAACCUUUGCAAGAUCCAGUUUUACCCUAUAUUGACCAGUCAAUAUCACUUAAGAUAAGUAACUGUUAAACUUAAAAGGUUAGAGGUGGGAAAGCGUAUUCUGCUCCAAGUUACUCAGCUUGAUAGCUUGAGAAUUUUUCGGCAAACUUUACGAGUCCAACUAACUUCUUGUGAGAAUGAGAUAUUUACAUUCAUUGAUGACUUAGCAACAGCAAGUAAUGUCAUAUUUGUUUAAUCCUUCAAACAUAUUAAGCUAUGUUAAUCAAGGUACAAAUAUCAUGAAAUGCAGAUGCUUAGUUUCCUUUUGAUUACUUCUAAACCAUCUAACACCAAAACAUAGUUCACACUAUGUUAAGUUAUUAAAACAAGUGGUGGCUACAUUGAAACUUGAUUGAUAGAGUUUACUCAACAAAUAAAUAAUCCAAGAAAACACAACAUGAAUCACCACUCAGUGAUUAAUCAGCACAACUAACUAUCUGAAAUUCGGGUUGGUGGAUAUGAAGGAUCCACCUAUGGAAGUUGGAAAACUUUGACUCCAAACCAGUGGUGCAUAUGGGCUUCAAUAUCCUGAGUAAAUAAAUGGUGUAUGAACCAAUUGUUGGUCACCAGUUUUCAUGAGACUGCAUCUAUUUAUUUAUUAUUUAUUUAUUUGAACACAUAAAUAUUGGUACAAGAGAGCGCCAAUAUAUAUGCGCCACACAAAACAAUGAAAAUUC